GUCAUCGGCAGCAGCAGUUGCAGCAGCAUCCGACGCCACCAGCAUUUCAGCAGCGCACCGAGAGACAGCAUGAAUCAGUUAACGGUUAUCAGCCUCGUCCUCUCCGCUUUCGUGGCGGCCGCGUGGGCUGGCGGAGGAUACGGGUACGGCCGCGGCCGCAGCAGCCACGGAGGCCAAGAGGGAGGUGCAUCGGACUGGGCUGGCUACGGGGAUGGCAACGACUACUACAAGUACGAUCACAACCAGAAGCACAAUAGCUACGGCGACAAGGCCGAUUGGGGAGGCGCUGGUUCCAUCUACUUGAAGGGAAAGGAGUCUAAGAACUGGGGAAAGGGAAAGUUCUACUUCAGCAAGGGAGAUGGUAAGUACAACUACGACAACUGGCACGCGGACAAGGGUGGCAACAAGAAGUACAAGGACAACGGCCACAAGGCCAAGUACAACUCACAGGGUUGGUUCAAGGGCUACGGCGACUACAAGAGCUACAACAAGUACGGCAGCAACCACUACAACAAGUACACCCACUAGUUGGCUCCAUCGCCGACCGCCCGGGCAACGUGGUGUAUGAUGCUCGUAUAGGGAAGUCGAUUCCUACCCGUGGUCGUAAUAGUGGUUACGCGUGAGUGUGUUGUAUUACACCCUUUGCUAGCGUCUAUUUAAAUACAGGUUACAAAGAACAUAACACUAUCAUACACGUAUCCAGUUAUCUCUUUAAUUGUACUGCCUUAACUAUGUAUAAGCCCAUAGCCGGGAAAACGCGUACAGUGGAUGUGCGCGAGUAACAUCACAACUUACGAGGUUAUUGCUGUAUCGUAGCCGGCACUAACCAAUCUCGUAUAUCUUACAAUGUCUCUCUUUGAGUCUCUCUCCGAUCUCUCUCUCUAGUCGAACACGCGGUUAUAUACCCACAUUUGUAGACACGCUAUUGUUUGUGGUCAACCGUUCUACGUUACUGUCUGUAAUUGGCUACUUCUACCACUGUCUAGUCCAGCGUUAUAACUUUACACCGCUGGCCAAAAUAGAACAAUAGCUUAUUCAUGUAUAUUUACUUCUCUGUCUUUCGACGGUAUUACACUCGCUGUCGCUACAACCAGGCGACGAUGACAAGGGAGGAGAGAAGGGAGGCUAGCAGGGCCGUAUCACGCCAUGCUGCUGACGAUUGCAAUAUGUUUGAUUUCCCAGUUUACUUCUGUUGUUGUUGUUGAAUUUUUUUAUUAUUGAUUAGCUAACGAGUUGCCAGACUGCUUGUCGACCUACGGGUUUGUUAUUUUAUUAAACGCAGAAAUAAACUAUUACUGUUUUCAAAAUUACAA